AGGAGCGGAGCAGGAGAUCUGAGAACAGUGAGAACAUGGCCAGGAGGAAACAGCGAGCACCCAGGCGAGCACCAGCUUAUGAUUCAGAGGAUGCUGAAGAAUCUGCAAUGAAAAUUGACAGCUUACUAAGAGAAGCCUCAACAACCACAAAAAACCCACUGAGUAAGAGUGACUUUAGCGAAGGGAGCCUCUUUCAAAAAACAGAGACUGAUCAGCGCGCCAUUGCUGCAGAGCUUUCCGAGACUGACAGCGAAGCUCAAAUUCAUGAGUCAAAUGAGACUGUGUGGGAUGUUAAAGGCAGCUCAGUUAAUUACAUGGAUAAAACUAUGAAAAACUGUCCUAAUGAGGGAUCUGAGAAGUCAUUGUGCGGUUCAAAUAGUCUGGAACAGAUAAAAGCCAUUUAUAAUGGUUUUCUUUCUAACUCCUAUUGGUCUUCAUUGAGUCUCAAUCCUUCUCAGUCAUGUUCAGAGAAACGAUCAGAGACUAGCAGCAGCAGCAGCAGCAGUAGCAGCCCUGGUGCUAUUUGCUAUGACUGGCACCAGUCUGCAGUUGCAAAGACUUUGCAACAGGCUUCUGAAAAACAGCUUCCACAAAGAGAGCAAAGUCUUUUCAGCACUGUUCAGCUGUACCGUCAAAGUUCUAGGGUAUAUGGGUCAGUCUUUACUGGUGCAAGCAAGUUUCAUUGCAAAAGCUGUAGUGCAGCUUAUGACACAUUAGUUGACCUUACAGUUCACAUGAAUGAGACAGGCCAUUACCGUGAUGACAACCAUGAGAUGGCUGAUAAAGGUGCCAAGAGCUGGUCCAAGCCACGCAAACGCUCUCUACUAGAACUGGAGGGUAAAGAAGACGCUCAGAAGGUGCUGUGCUGUAUGUACUGCGGACACUCUUUUGAGUCUUUGCAAGAUCUCAGUGUACACAUGAUCAAGACCAAACACUACCAAAAAGUGCCUCUGAAAGAGCAUGAAACAUCUGUUACUGCUGUGAAAGUUAUCUCCUCUUUUAGUAAGAGAGUACCUGUGGAAUUAGACAUCACUAAACCAAAGGUCACCCAGCAAAAAGGAUCAGCUGAUGGGACUCAAGUAAAUGUUUCCAAGAAUUAUGAUAUUACCAAAAAGGAUGGUGUCAUAGAUAAAAAUGUUAUAGGCAGCACCCCACAGCCGAAGAUGCAGAUUUUAAGAUGCAAGGAUUGUGGAAGUUCCUAUGAGACUUGGCAACAACUAAGCGCCCACAUCAUGCUGACAGGUCACUUUGUGAAAGGCAGCAAAACUAUUUUACAAAGUGGUGAUUCCACCUUAAAACAAAUAUACAUGCCUAGUAAAACUAAAAUAAGAGAUAACAAGGCCAAAAAAGUUACAGAAGGUUCUUCUACAUCUUCACCAACUCAACCAACUGAGUUGCCAAUUACCCCAUCAUUAAAAAAUUACUUAAAGGAAGAAAGCAAAAGUAAAAUCUUGCAGAAGGAAAUAAAGUGUAUAGAUCAUCAUGAUAGCAAUGCAGAUGAAAGAUACAACAUCUCUUCAAAAUGUGAAUACCUUACAGAGGAGGACCUAAAAGAGAGUCCAAAAGUAAACCUUGAUAUUCUCAAGUCCUUGGAGAACACAGUUACUUCUGCCAUUAAUAAUGCACAGAAGGGUACUCCCAGCUGGGGAGGAUACCAAAGCAUUCAUGCUGCGUAUCAGUUGCGGAACAACUUGAAGCAUUCUCUCCAAACCUCAGGACAUGUCUCCUCUGUCAACCAACCAAUGCACAGUACAGAAGUUCAGUCCUUAGAUGGAAGUCAUCAUGUUCCGAAUCGAGUGUCAUCUCCUGAAGACAAUCAGCCCACAAUGAAGGAAUUGGUCAAAGAAGAAACCGAAGAGGCUACUGAGGAAUCAAGAAAUGACAUUGAUCAGGAAGGUUCCCCACAAAUACAGUGCUUCGACUUCUUCUCUAUAAGUGAAGAAAGAAAAUCAUCAUCCAGUUCCCCCAAUGUAGAAAGACCAGAGAACAGAGUUUACAAGGCUGAUAGCACUGAGAACAACAUAGAUAAAGGAGAUUUUAAAAAAUGUGGUAAAAGCACGAUAAACUCUUUCUUAUCCUUCUGUGAUGAUGCUGUAAUAACUCAUCAGGACUCAAAACAACAAUUUGAGAGUCCUUUAAAUGCCCUACAGUCAGUAAUGAAUCUGCAUCUUGGUAAAGUAGCCAAACCUGUAAGGCCAGUCCAGGACCCUAUGAGUAUGCUUCUAAAGAUGAGCAACAGCAUGGCAGAAAAGUCUUCUGUGACGUCAUCUUUAAUAUCAACAUCAAAACCAGAGCUGCUAUUUCCAGAUCCCCAUCAAAUGGACAAAGACCAACCGAUAGAUUUAUCCAAAGGCAAAAGGAUUUCUUCUUUAGCCACUGCCUUUUCUCCAGAAAAAGUGUUGGCCGCUUCUUCAUCUUCUACAACCAGGACUGAUGUGAUAACUGACACAUCCGUGUGUCCUUCAGUCAGCCCUGUGCACAUGAAUGCUCUUUCAGAUAUUUCAGACAUGCUACGAAAUUUAUCAGACACUCAUGUUUCGAAAUUACCAACUCCUUCACACAAAGUAGAACAUUCAGGAAUCGAAGGUGUCCAAACUCCAAACGAGGGAGAUGAUGCAUCUUCGGGGAACAAGCGCAAGGGUCGGCAUUCACACUGGAACCCCCAACACUUACUGAUUCUACAAGCCCAGUUCACAUCUUGCCUCAGAAAAACAGCAGAUGGAAAGUAUGUCAUAACAGACUUGAGCUCCCAGGAAAGGAUGGUCAUUUCACGUGUUACAGGGCUGUCCAUGACAACCAUCAGCCACUGGCUGGCCAAUGUGAAAUAUCAGCUGAGGCGAACAGGUAGGACCAAAUUUUUGAAAAAUGUGGACUCUGGUCACCCAGUUUUCUUCUGUAAUGAAUGUGCUAUUCAAAUCCAGACUCGCUCAACAUACCUGUGUCACCUUGAGUCACAUCUUGGCUUCAAGUUGCGGGACUUGACAAAGUUUACUUGUGAAAAUCUCAACAAGAUUGCAAGGAAACCUAAGGACUUAGAAACAUCUUUCCUGCCUCGUCUUUCAACUGCUGCUGGAGCAGAACAGCUGUACCCAGUCGAAGCUCUAAAAUAUUAAUCUCAAGGUCAACAGCAGA